AUACAAAACCGCUUAAGGAGGCUACUGUUGCCGCAUUAAUUGAAGUAAAUAAAGCAUUAAAGCCUUUAAAUGAAGACGCCGCAAAAUCAUCUACUUCUGUAUUUUUAAACUGUUUGCUCGAAGUAUCACAAAGACGCCCUUUUCUUGCUGAAAAAAUAAAAUUAUGUGGUUUAAAUAAUUUAGCUUUACAAAAUAUGCAUAAUAAUAUAACGAAUAAAGGUGAAGUUACCAAAGAACGGAUUAAAAAUGCCGCAACUAUUGGCAUCUAUAGAUUUGAGCAUAAUGAAAAAUCGAAUACAUGCGAGCUUACUAUGAAAUAUGAUAUAACUCAAAGUCAACAAGAAAAUUCAUCACGUAUUGAAAGAUCCUAUAAUAUGGCUGAUUUACAUGAUCUUUACGGUCGUGCGCUCUUAAUUGGUAAAUCUAGAACUUCAGAUCAACUACCUGAUGAUGAUAGUAUUAGAGACAUAAGAUUACAUGUGAAUCAGUUCGUUACUCAAGUAGAUUUGGCACAGCAGAUUGUCGCUAUUGCUUCAAGACUAAUUCAAUCGGGACAUUUUCUUUAUCAAAAGAAAUGCAUAGAGAAACACGGUUCAGAGUUACAACAAACAUUAACCAAAUUAUCUCGUGAUUUGGAAAUAUGGAAAGAUGUAGUAGACCGUGCGCAAAAUGAAUACUAUUAUUUAACAUUCUUUUCUGCACGUCAUAUUUUGACUUUUUAUGAAUAUUUUAAAAGUAUAAAUAAUGUGGCAAAUAAUGAAAGCAAUGAAUUUCAAGCAUCUAAUCGAGAAAUUUGUCAGAAUCUUGUGCGAUUCAUUAAUGAUGCAGCUCAUCUGCCUGAACAGACUGAUGAAUGGCCUACAAUUCAAAAUAGAAAUGAUUUCUUACCUGUUCUCCGUAAAAUUGGCACCACACUACGUAAUAUUUUUAAUGGUAUAAACCGACAAAUAAAACCCAUUCCAGAUGAUCUUAAACAACUCAUAACACCUCUCGUAACUUAUACAGUUUUUAAGGGAAAAAUAUUCGUUGCAGAUUGCCAUUCCUACUCGUUGGUUCCAAAUGUGAUUUUAUCGCUUUUUGUUAAUCAUCAAUCUUUUCCUGAAGCAUGGCAAAUUCUUAUUUGUCGAAGUACUACAACUGAAGAAGAGAUUUCACUUUUUAUAAAACGUUCAUUUAUUGCUGCAAAAAAUGGAUACAAAGAUUACUUAUUUUGUAUUGCAAAUGUCGAAUUAUUAGAUUUUGAGUUACAAUAUCAUCUCGUUCAAACUAUUCAUAACUUUCAAGAGAAGGGAAAAGAUUAUCUCUUGGCCCUUAUAUGUACCCGAGAAAAAAGCAUCAAUCAUCAUAUAUUGGAACAAUUCACAGAAAAUGUUCAUCCUACUAAUGGUCUUGACGAUGAGUCUAUGAAACUUUUAUACACUGAAAUUUGCCGUAACUCCAUAUGUGUAACAUCAAAUAUGUCUGGUCAAGGAAAAACAGAAUGGAUCAAAGAAUCUAGUUUUAAGCAAAAAAAGGUUCCACGUACUUUAUUAAUAAGUGAUAAAAUUAAUUUUGAAACAUUAGUUCAAAAGUUGGCUAAUUGUAAAUUGGACACUUUUGAAAGUUUACAUAUUGAUAUUAAUCUAAUUACCCAUCCUCAUGAUGUCAAUUUCUUCUUGUUUCAAUUAUUAGCGUUUGGAACAGUUUUUAACGAAAUGAAUGUAGUUCAUUUACCUGAUACUUUAUUCUUUAUAGAAAUUGCAUCAACAAUUGGACAAUAUUUACUUGAAUCGCUUUCCCUAACCAAAUAUAUGUGUCGCCAACAUAUUGAAUGGGAUCUAAAAAAUCUCGUAGUACCUCAUCAUAUCAACAGUCCCAUACAAAUAGCUUCUUAUUAUAUGGAUGCACAUUCUCGUGAUGCACUUAAUACCAUUAAUAUUCGACUUACAGGAACCGAAGCAAUUAAAGAACCGUUAUCUGCUGAACGUUGUCAAGAAUUAUUGCGUCAAUAUUUUUUCAGUGGACAGUCUGAUAACAUUUUUUCUUACAGAUUUUUAGAAAUCUUUGUUAACGUAUUGGCAGAUCAAUUGGUUCGAUUAUCUGCAAGUUCUUUUUUUCAAGUGGAACAAUUACGUCUGAUGACUAAAGAAACAAAAAUUCGGUCAUCACUUUUUGAAAUAUUAAUUUCUUGUUCUAAAGAAUUUGCAACGCGAGCAAUUAAUACUAAGGAUAUGCAAAAAAUACAAGAAGAUAAUGCUCAGAAAGGAAACAAUCAAGAUGUUGAUAACGCACGACUCGGAAAUAUUGCACAAUGGAAUGAUUCAAAUCAUCUUAUUGUUGCAUUUUUAUCUCAGAUGCCAAAUUCAAUAUGUGCACUUUAUAGAGAUAAAACAAAAGUACCGAAAAAUGUUGUGAAUUUAUUAAAGAGUCAGAAAGCAGAAUUACAAGAUUAUCACAAAAUGGAAACGAUUAUGUUGUUAGAGAUAUUGAAACGACUUGCAAGAAGAAAUAUGCAUAAGCUAGAAGGUUUGCCUGAAUAUGCCUUAUCAAUAGAAAAUCUCCUCAAGAUGGCAAUGAUUCUAUUGAGAGCACGAGCUAAUAUACCAGUUGUCUGUUGCGGGGAGGCUGGUUGCGGCAAGACUAUUAAAGAGGCAGAGGAGCUUGCAAAUGAAGACGAAACCUGGUUAUUUCUAGAUGAAAUAAACACUUGUGAUCAUAUUGGAAUACUUGGAAGUUUAAUCUCACAUCGAAUUUUUAAUGGAAAACCUAUACAUCCAAACAUUCGAAUUUUUGCUGCUUGUAAUCCUUAUCGACUAAGAACUAAAGCUCAAAGUGAUGUUGGUCUUUCGGCAAAACUAUACGAAGAAAAAAGCAACUUAGUUUAUCAAGUACAUCCAUUGCCCGAUCAAAUAUUAUAUUAUGUUUGGGACUAUGGUUAUCUUAAAGCAGAAGAUGAAAAAAAUUAUAUUGAUGUUAUGGUUAAAACUAAAUUAGACCACCCAUUUUUUGCAGAACUAUUAUAUUCAUCACAAACAUUUAUUCGUAAUGUUGAAGAGCCAUUUAGUGUUAGCUUGCGGGAUGUGAAACGUGCUAUUAAACUUUUCAAGUUUUUUAAAAAAUAUAAUCCUUCAAAUCUUUCAGCAGGACGCGUUUCUGAACCACAUGAAAUUCGUCCAAUGGUAUUGGCACUUAGUCUAUGUUACCUUUUUAGGCUUCAUGAUCAAUCUCAACGCAAAAAGUAUCGAGAAGAAAUUAUUUCUAUAAUCGAGAAACAUCAUAAAACGAAUCAUGAAAAUUCUCAACAACAAAGGCAACGAAAAAAACAAAUUGGGGAUUUAUUUCAAAUAACUAUUUCAAAAGAACAAAAUAUGUAUAUUAAAAAGAUGCAACUUCCUGAAGGAACUGCGUUGAAUGAAGCACUUCAAGAGAAUAUCCUUGUAAUGAUCGUUUGUGCAGAUUCAAGUGAUCCAUACUUUCAAACUCUUCCUCAAGUUUUUAUAAUCCCAUAUCAAGGUUCAACUUCUUCAACUUCUGAAGGAAUUGAAAAGAUUUUUGAAACUGCUAAAAAUUAUCAAAGCAUUAGCACCAAAGAAAACCCCGUGAAAGCAGUUGUUUUUUUAGAUGAGGCAGAAACUAGCCCACAUAAUCCGUUAAAGGUGCUUCAUGCCUUAUUAGAGCCGCCGCUUGGUUCCAAAAGCAGCCAACCUGUAGUCCCUGUUAUUGGGAUCAGUAAUUGGAGAUUAGAUAACAGUAAAUCUAGUCGAGCAUUGAUAAUUCAACGUCCUCUCUUUUCAGAAAAUGAUUUGGUUAAUACAGCAAAGAGUUUACUUGGAGAUAGUAUAGUUCUUCCAAAAAUUAAUAUUGAUGACUUUUUGAACAUUCUUGCAAAAGCUUACUUUAAUUAUAUUGAGAAUCAAAAAUACCAAAAUUUUCAUGGUAAUGUACUCAAUAUUACUCGGAAUUUUGGAGGUGCUGAUAACAUGGAAGAAUUAUGUACAACUUAUUUUAAAACCGUCCUGAAGCUAAAGCAUAUGCAAAAAUAUGAAUAUAUUCCAAUUCCCGUACAAGAUCUUAUUGUUAUUAAUUUCGAAGAAAAGGAUAUUGAACCGUUUGUAAUCAUUGGAUCACAGUUUCCGGACGAUAUAGAUGGCGAGGAUUAUUCAUAUGCUAUUCUCAAUCUUAAACGAUUUUAUGAAUCUGAUCAAGAUUUAUAUAUCUUGCAAUGUGAUUCAUUGAUUGCAAAUACAGGAUGUAUUAGGUUAGCGAAAUUUGUAAUCGAACAGCAUCGAAAUAAAUUUUUAGAAAAAGCAUGUCAACAAAAUAUCAACAGAUCAAUUAAACGUAUUAUUCUUCAUUUUAAUCGACAAUCUUGUGAGGAAAAUGCAAAUAUAUUUAAUUUUAUGUGUGGUUGGACUCAGAUUACUAUUGAAAGUUUAACCGCGCCAGAGAAAUCGCUUCUUAACUCAAACAUUAACGAAAUUCUUAACGAGAAGCUUUCAUUUGAACAAAUCUUAAGACAAGAGUUACUUUGGUGUUUACUUUGUAUGAAACAUCCUUCAUCAAUCAAAUCCGUAGAACAUAUAAGACUUUUAGUACUCAAGAUUCCAGAAUGCAUGAAACUCGUUAACUGCUUAAAAGAACGAACAAUAGAAUGGUUGCAAGUCAAUUCAUCAGAUGAAUGGCAAUUAAAUAUCGCAUUAGAUAAAAAAUUUUUACCAUUAUAUCCCUCUUUUUAUGUGGCCCUCGAGAUGUAUAUACGAUUGCUUAUUAGAAAGCCUAUUGCUAAAUUACUUUAUGUCUUAGACAAAUACUAUGCAAUAACUCCACUUUUUUUAUGGAAGGAUGAGGAUGAUUUAUUUAAGUUUUGGAAGCAAAUCUUUAUAAAUAAAGAGAUUGUAAACAUUGAUGAAGAACUUACGGAUCCUCAACCAAACCUCUAUAGCAUUCCGGGAAAUUACUUAAAUCUUCAAUUUCCUUUUUCAUAUUACUUCAUGGAGCAAAUUGAUCAAUAUAAAAGACUUUAUUAUGAACAACUAGAUAACUUGUAUGAACAACCUGAAAAUUUGGAUACUGGUGAUAACUUGCAUCCAGAAGUAUUGAAUAGAUUUGUCAAAGAAUUUUCUAUGAAAAUUCAGACCACGAUCACAACAUUAACACCAGAAAUUUUGCAACUCGCUAGACAUUUGUACUUUGAGGAUUUUGUAACAACACACUGUGCUAUUGCAGGAUAUCUGGAUGAAUCUGAUGCGAAAUUGUUGCAAUUUAUUUUCCGUCGUUUAUGUGAUGAUGAAAUAUUAAAUGAUCCUGUUAGGUUGCAUAUAUUUUGGUGGGAUAACUCUGAUUCGCUUAUUGCUGAACUAGAAUUGGCACUAAUGUGUCCUUCAAUCACAGAACCUGAAUCCAAUUUAUUUGAAGGUAGUCGUUUUGGAGAUUAUGUAAUAGAUAAUAUAGUUAAUAUGAUGCUCGAAAAGAUUAUGGAAUUAAAGGAUGAAACUAUAGAUGAAUUAAUUAUUGCAAAUUAUCUACGGGAAUGGCAACGUCAAGUCAUUAAUGUUUUAUCACUAUGUGCGAAUAUUGAGAACUCCUCAGAAUCCAAAUUUCUUCAGUUUUUACGUAUAUGUAAUGAUCUGGUCUCAAAUCAAUCAAUCAGUAUUUCAGAUAUCAUCAAUACAAUUAGUAUUCAACAAGAACUCGAUCCAAUAAAUAUUCUUUCUCAAGAGUUUGUUGAUAGUGUGUUAAAACUUUUUGACAUGCCUGCUACAGAACAAAACAAUACAUCACAAUGUUCAUUCUUUCGUCGGUGUUUUGACAUAAUUCCGAUUGAUUCACCAGUACGUAUUCGUCUUUAUGAAACACUUUUUGGACAAGAACCGCGUACGUUUAUUGGAUCUGUCUUAUCACGUGUACUACUUUUAAAGGAAGACUUACAAGAAAGAAUUUUUAUUGACCUAAUUAAAAAUGCAAAGGCCGUUUUGGGUCGUUCGCCACGUUUAAAAGCCGUGAAUACUGCUCUUAAAAAUAGCGGAAUCGAUUCAAAAAUUAUGGCUCUGUGCUGUGAUUUAAUACAAAAUGACUUUUUUGCCGAAUGGACCUUUGAGGAACUGAAAAAUAACUUUAAAGAGGCAUUUAAUGUUUUAGGGAGUGCAAAUUUUGAGCCUUUGCAAUUGGUAUUAGCAGUGGCUUUACUCAAGGAAUUUGUGAAUGCUUUUUGGAACUCGAUAGAAACAAUGCCAAUUACGUAUGAUGAUAAUAUUAAAGAAGUGAUUGAUGAAAUCGAUCAUGCUAUGCAACGUCAAUCGUUUUCGAUUCACUCAUUCAAGUUAUAUUUUCUUCGUGCUUUAUAUGACAACGGACUUUCGUUACAUGGAAUUAGAUGUUCUUGCCAAAUACAAUCCGGAACAUUUCAAUGGCUAGCAGACUUUAACUGGAACGAAAGCAAUAACAAGACUGAUUUUGUAGCCUAUCGUUGUUAUGAUCAAUAUAUAGAAGCAGAAGAUGCGUUUGCACCAUCAUAUUUGCGCUGUCAACAUAUGCCAUUUGAAAAUUUUUUGAAUCAAGCUCUAAAUAACUUGUCAACAAGUAUUAAAAUGUCAAUAAUGGGAACUCUGAUCACACAUCUUUAUGAUAUACGUGCAAUACGAAGAUUAAACACAAACGAAGAAAAUGCAAUCCAAUGGUUGUAUUCUCAAUUGCCAAAUAUGCAAUUUGAUGAGGUUUAUCGAGUUAAAUUAUUAUCUUUCCUUGAGAAUACAAAUCCACUUUAUAGCAUCUCUCCGGAAACAAAUCCUUUGAAUUAUUGUCAACAGCAUAUUGAAAAUGAUUGGCAAAUAUUGAUGUGUUUAUUUGAUUGUGAUGAUGAAACCUUGGCGCUUAUAUUACAUUCAAUUCUCCAUUCUAUGUCCGAGAGUCAAAUUGAAACGGUAUCGAGAUUAGAUACAGUAGAGAAACGACAAGCUUGGGAAAAUGAAUUCACUCAGCUUUACAUAAAUCCCAAAGUUACUAAUGCUCUUCAUACUGCAACUGAUUUUCAAAAGUUGGUAAAAGAUGCACAACAUACGCUCGAAAAUGAAAUUAACGAAAUUUUGGAUGUUGAUGACAAUUAUCAGGAAAGAUUUUAUCCGCGGAUUUGGCGGCGAAAUGGUAAACCAAGUCUUGAAAAUUUACAAGCAUAUUGUAUGGGAUAUCAAAAUUUUAGUGUAAAAUUUCCAUUUUUGUCACUAUUCUUUGAAUAUCAUGAGCAAUUAACAUUGAUGAAGAAUCUUGUACCGAUUGUGAAAUUUACACGGAUGCUUUCUUCAAAACUACACUACAGACUAAAAAGGGAUGAAGCACGUAGUCUUACAUUUGAUAUGUUUUUUAUGAAGAAUGAAGUUCAAUUUCGGAGAAAUAUUGAGAAAGCAUUUGAAAAUUUUGCUGAUGCAUGGAAUUUUAUUAGAGAGAAUGUUCAAAAUGAAAGUUAUGAGUUUACAAAUUCGAUGCCUAGGAUGACAAGAAAUCUUCCUAUAGUUUAUGCAUUAGUUGAAAAAAGAGAUGAAUCAUUAUAUCUAUGCAAGGUGAUCGAAUUUUUAGUGAAUUUACAAAAUAAAUUCUUAUUACAAGUUUUAGCAAUUGGACAUGGUAGUUCUUCACUGAAAUUUUUAGGUGGGCAAUUUACAAGCAAUUCAGACAACAUGUCUCAAAAUCAAAAUUACAUUGAAUCGAUACCUCUUUCUGAAGCACAUGCCAAAAACAUCAUAAAUUAUAAAUGGAAUCCUAAACUACUCUCUUAUAAUCAAUGUGGUCUUGACUUCAGUCACGGCCGAGAAAUCCAAUAUGAAUUGCAUAAAAUUGAGGCGGAAUUAGCAUACAAACUUCUUUACAAUAAAGUUUAUCUUAAAAAACAUAAUGACUCAUUGUGGUUAGACGAAUUCCAAUAUCAUGUAAGAUUAUUUUCGAGUUCUCAAACAAUUUUAAGAGAAAUCAGAACAUUGAUUCCGCAAGAACAAAUUCCAACUGAAAAACUUGGAUUUUUCACCGCAACUACAUCCACUUCGACAACUUCGACAACAAUGAGAAACAGCUACCAUAAUAUAAAUACUGCAGAUAUGUCACCCAUUUUUGAUAAUCCUACUAACCUUUUAUCAGAACUCGAGAUUCUACUUUGUUUUUUGAAACGAACCUCAGAUAGAGAUCCUGAAAUGGAAAUUACAAAAUAUCGUGAUAAAUGGAUGAUGAGGUCAUUGACACUAACCGAGAACCUUCAAUUUCACAAAAUGGUCAGUGGAUUAAAAUUAAAACAUGUAGUAGCAUUAUAUGAACUUGUAGAAGAAAAAAUUGCAGAUGUAGAGAUUGAAUGUCUUACUUCCCAAUAUAUGGUCGUACUGUCACAACAAAUGAAAAAUGAGAUCGAUGCUUUUGUUGAGUUUGAACAAUCACAUGGCGUUGAUUGUAGUGAUAUAAAACUGACUAAGAUUCCGUAUAGAGUUUUUGAAUUAGCACUGAAAAGAUUCAUGUUUCGUUAUUUGUCAUCAGAAAUGUAUGACCCUGGUGAAAAACUUGCAAAACAUUUGGCGAAAAAUACUAGUGAUU